AUGCGUGCCCCAAUCGACCUUCAGCUCGGCUGGCCGAGCACGACGCUGCACCCGACGGCGCCGCUCCUCGCCGGCGCCGCCCCCGUCCUCACGCCGCCGGACAGCGCCACGGCCCUCAACUACGGGCCGGGCCACGGCUACGGGCCGCUCCGCGCGAGCAUCGCGUCCUGGCUGACGCGCAGCUACACGCCGCGCAACGGCGACGGCAGCGCCUACGCCAUCCCGGCCUCGCGCAUCAUGGUCGGCAACGGCGCGUCCGCCACGCUGCUGACCGCCGUGCUGAGGCUGGCCGACCCGAGCUACACGCGCGCCAUCUGGAUGGUCGAGCCGACGUACUUCCUCGCGUGCCCCAUCUUCGCCGACGCCGGGUUCGGAGGUGAUGAGGAGGAUGGGGCUAGCAGGAUGCGUGGCGUGCCUGAGGAUGAGGAGGGCAUUGAUGUGCGGUUUCUGCGGGAGAGCAUCGAGCGGGUGGAGGCUGAGGUGAAGUACGGGAUUGGUUACUGGGGUGGGCUGGGGCUUAAAUCGGAGGAGCCGCGGAAGAAAGGGUUGGGACCGUGUAAGAUUUACAAGCACGUGCUCUACAUGGUGCCCACUUGGUCAAAUCCGAGCGCGAAGACGAUGAGUUUAAGGAGGAGGGAGGAGGUGGUCAGAUUGGCGAGAGAAUUGGACGUGCUGGUUGUGACGGACGAUGUGUACGAUGUGUUGAGGUGGCCGGUGGAGGAGAGUGUGUCUGUGAAGGAGCUUGGCCCCCUUCCGCCGAGGAUCGUGGAUGUGGAUAGGGUGUUGGACGGAGGACCGAAGGAUCAAUGGGGCAACGCACUGAGCAAUGGAAGCUUUUCCAAGAUCAUCGCGCCGGGAAUUCGCGCAAGUUGGGUGGAAAGCACACCUGCAGUGGUGGAUCGAGUGAUGAUCAUAGGCUCUACCAGGUCUGGUGGUAACCCGGCUCACUUCAGCUCCAUGUUUGUCCAUCAGCUGCUUUCGACUGGCGCCCUUCAGAACCAUAUCGAUACGGUCCUUGUUCCCACUUAUCGGCGUCGCUACCAUGUUCUCAUGUCCGCCAUUGAGGAAUAUCUGGUGCCGCUGGGUGUUGUUAUCGAUGUCGGAAAGAAAUACGAAAUAACCCUUGCUUCGUCAGGUCAUUGUUCUGAAGAAUCAGGCCCCCAUUAUCCCGAAUCCGCUGGUGGCUUCUUCACGUAUGUGAUGCUUCCAUCAGACCUACCGCCAGCCGGGAAGCUUGCUGCCAUUGCGCGCGACAAGCAUAAAUGCAAGUUCGCCUUCGGUGAUAUGUUCAAGAUUGAGGGUGACCCUGGAAGUGCGGAAAGGGCAAGGCAGAAAGGCGGCUUUGAGAUGGGCAUAAGGCUGUGCUGGGCAUGGCUGGAGGAAGAACAGCUGGUUGAAGGCGUGAAAAGAAUGGCCGAGACAAUCAAAGAUGUACGGAGUGAGCAGUCAGGGCGAAGGAGAUAA